CAAAUAGUUUUGUUUUGUUGCAGCGCAUCACGAACUUUCUCGUCUGACUGAUUCGGCAGAAAUUUUGCAUUUUUGGCUUUUGCAGCGAAUUUUUUGUGUUGCCAGCAUCUAUACCGCCUGACAACAAUCAGCAAGUGGCACUUUGCAGCUAACAAUGGAAAAGAUCGUGGAAAAACUCGACCCCGAUACUCAGCAGGCUAUGUCGAAAAUAUUAUCGCUUGGAUCUUGCUGGGAGUUGCUUUUCCACAUUGAAAAAGAUAACGUGAAAACAAAACAGGACAUUUUGAUGCUGAUGGUUCACUUGAUCCUCAUCAAAAAUGACUUUCUCUGCAUUCAUGAAGAGGAUGCUCAGUAUUCACCAACAAAAACAUCUGAACUGCUCACCCCAGGCUGGAACAAAGAGUCUGAAAACCACAGGAUCCGAUAUUAUUGCAACAACGCAAAAUAUCAUCUUAGUUCCAAUUUGAUUGUUGAUGUUCUUUCCAUCAACCUCUUGAACAUGGAUUCUCAGAAAACACAGUCUAUAGUGAUUCCUGUGUCCGAGGUUAAGGAAAUCAGUGGAUCCCUUUCAACAAUAAUUCCAAAUGAGAAAGACAUCUUUUGCAAAAUCUGGACUGAAAUGGUAAAGCCAGCCAAGAGUGAAGGCCAGCGUGACAUGCAAGUACAAACAGAUGCCCAGCCACAGCCACAGAGGGAAAGAUUUGAGCCCAACAUACCAUUCAUGCACCCUGGGAGACCUGAAAUCUUUUAUCGAGAACCUACCAUACCAGAUCCUCUCAGAGUUGGAGACAGAGACUUGAACCCAUUUGCUCCUUUUGGCGCCCCUGGUGGUGGAAUGCUGAUGGAACCACCUCGAGGUAGAAUUCCUCUUCCCGACAGAGACUUCCCUGGUCCAGGAAUGCUUCCAAGAGGAGCUGUUCCGCCUGGUGCCAGAUUUGACCCUAUUUUGCCUGGAAUGCCUGGAAGGAGAUCAGGACCAGACCCUGACCACAUGCGAAUGCCUGGUGCCCCGAACUUUGAUAAUAUGUUCAUGUAGGUUUCUGAUGAAAUUCUAAUAAAACGGCUUAAUUUUCAUAAA